CGGCAGCGCGGCGUUCCGCCGGUUGCUGUGACCCGACCUAGGGAUCCUCGGCUCUCUGAGGGCCACACGGUGCUGGAGUCGCCGCUAAGGAGAGUCGGACCUAAGUCCACCCCUGGACUGGGCCUGGUACCGCAGCUCCCGGGUAAGCGGGCCCAGCGAGUGUUCCGAGCGGGCCCACUGAUCCCGCGGCAGCGCUCGGUGGCCCGCGAGGGGAGGUGGCCCCGAGCUCCCGGGGCGGUUCUUCCCUCAGCAGAUGCGCGAGUUCAUAACGCGCGCGGUGGGUCUAAGUUAAUACGAAACCCGUGCAUUUUGCCCUUGCAGGGUACGCGAGAUUCUGGUAAGCCGGGACGGCACAAGAGCUCCUGGUAAGCUGCCGGCGGAGGCGGCCGGGGCAAGCGAGCCCCGUUGCAAGCACGGAUGAGCUCCCUCGGGCGGUCGGGAUUCACGCGUUGGGCUGGAUCCAUGGCAGACAGAUGAGCCCUCUGCAGAGGGGAGGAACAUUCUGUGCUCCCAGGUCAGGGAAACAUGUCCCGUCGGAAACAGACCACUCCUAACAAAGUUCACUGCACUGGACUCACAACAGCAGGUGCCACAGGCUGGUGUGGCAGGGUAGGCAAGCAGAGAAGUGACCUAAGUGCUUUCCAAGAGGUGACUCCAGAGGUUCUGCACAGUGCAGGGGAGCAAGUCUUUGCAGGGCUGGAGGAGCAAGCCCGCCAAGCCAUGAUGAAAAACAACUUUCCUGGAACUCUUGGGGACCAAAGGCCACCAAUUCGUCCAUUGCAAGACCCUGACUCCAGCAGCAGUGAGUUCUGCCCCUUCCAGUAACACCAAGGUGGCAGCGAUGAUGAGGAAACCACUCAGGAUGAAGUUUCUUCCCAUACAUCUGAGGAAGAUGGCUCAAUGGUGAAAGUGAAGAAGGAAUUAGAAAAUGCAGAACGACCUGUGGCCGGAACCCCAUUGAUGAGAGAAAAUGAGGUGCCUGAGAGUGUGAACGCUGAGCCCAUGCUGGGGCUGUCACAAUGCCCCCUCUGCCAGCUGGAGUGUGGAAGCAGAGAUCAACUCAUUGCACACGUGUACCAGCACACUGGAGCGGUGGUGAGUGCCAAGAGCUACCUGUGUCCUGUGUGUGGCAGAGCCCUCAGCUCCCCCGGAUCCCUUGGGAGACAUCUCCUGAUCCAUUCAGAGGACCAGCUGUCCAACUGUGCAGUUUGUGGAGCACGCUUCACCAGCCACGCCACCUUCAACAGUGAGAAGCUGCCAGAGAUGCUCAGUGCAGAUCGGCUGCUGGCACCCCAGAGCCAGGGCCCCUCCAGCGCCGAGGGGAAGGAUGUUGCUUUUUGCGCCCCUGUGUAUCCCGCGGGCAUCCUCCUGGUGUGCAACAACUGCGCUGCGUACCGCAAGCUGCUCGAGGCACAGAGCCCCGGCAUGCGCAAGUGGGCCCUGCGGCGCCAGAACGAGCCCCUGGAGGCGCGGCUGCAGCGCCUGGAACGGGAGCGCACAGCCAAGAAGAGCCGGCGGGACAAUGAGACUCCUGAGGAGCGGGAGGUGAGGCGCAUGCGGGACCGGGAAGCCAAGCGGCUGCAGCGCAUGCAGGAGACAGACGAGCAGCGUGCACGGCGGCUGCAGAGGGACCGGGAGGCCAUGCGCCUGAAACGCGCCAAUGAGACCCCCGAGAAGCGACAGGCACGGCUCGUCCGCGAGCGUGAGGCCAAGAGGCUCAAGCGGCGCCUGGAGAAAAUGGAUAUGAUGCUCCGGGCACAGUUUGGCCAGGACCCCUCUGCCAUGGCCGCUUUGGCAGCUGAGAUGAACUUUUUUCCACUGCCAGUGAGCAGUGUGGAGCUGGAGAGCCAGCUGCUGGGCAAAAUGACCUUCGAGGAGCAGAGCAACAAUGCGUUGCACUAAACCACAGCCACGAACUGUGCUGCCUUUGCUGCUGCACCUGCCACAUGUGCACUAGCAGGUUUUUGCGCUCAGGAGGCUGCUGAGGGUCCCUGCCUGACCCUCCCUACCAGGUGGUUCUGGUUUUCCUCUGAGCCCAGGAGGAGAACAGAGCUGAGCGAUGCCUGCCAAAGCAGCUCUGGUGGGAGCAGAUUCUGAGGAUACAGUCUGCUCUGGGGGCCAAAGUCACAGCCUGUGACAGAAUGAAAAUAAAUUAAUGUAUUAAUUAACAGUAA